AUGGUCAACGGAAUAGCCAUUUUAUUGCUUUGCGGACUGGGUCACAUCCAUGCGAGCCAUUUAAAGGAGGAACUUCACUUGGUUCACCACCGCUUAAGCAGAUUCAAGGAGUCACUAUUCCAGGAUAUUAACCACGAAAUCAUAGACACUCGACCUUCUAGUACAAGUGAUACCCAAUGCCUGGUGGAUAUGAAGGAGUUAUUUGCAGGGCUGAAAACUGGCAGCUACUGGGCACUCAAAAUGCUCGAUUCCUGGGGUUCCUUUCCCUCGGGCCUAUUGUACGGAACCUUUUACGAUUUGGGCAACUUCGAUGAGUGCCUCAAUAUAAAUCAGGAGAUCAGCAGUAGCCAAACGAUUAAAGGAAAAUAUUGUUUCAUGGCUGUGCCCCUAAGAGAUGUUCUUGAUACCGGAAUCGAAUCCUUGGAAGGCAUGCAAAUCAAGAUUGCCACCUGUUUUCCGGCCUCCUGUUCGGCAACUCAAAUCGAGACGUUUGCUGGGCAAUUAUAUCAAAAUAAGGUCAACUCAAGCAUGAGUUUUAAUAUCAGCAUCGAUGAGGACGGUUGCCAGACAAGCGAUCCUGUUCCUUGGGAUGGUCUCACCAUUUUUACAGUUGUUAUUUUGUCAGUGCUUACUUUAAUAGUGGUUAGCUCAACACUUUACGACUAUUUUCUUUGCACAACUCAACAAACACCUGCCUUGAUAAAGAUUAUAUCGGCUAGAGCGAAUUCCCGAGCUCUUUUCCGUCUUGAGGUUGGCAAUUCCAAUUCGAAUGUCAUUGAUUGCCUUCAUGGAAUUAGGUGCAUGUCCCUCAUCUGGGUGGUUUUUCUGCAUGAGCAUAUGUAUUCCCUGAUAUCCCCAAAUAUCAAUUUUACCUAUGCGCUUGCGUGGCUAGAGAAACCGACCUCAAGCUUCUUCAUACAUGGCUAUUUCUCGGUGGAUACGUUUCUAUUUAUUGGUGGCCUACUGGUAUCCUUGACAGCUCUGCGAACCAUGGAAAAGACCAAUGGAAAGCUAAAUAUCCCUAGGAUGUAUGUGCAUCGCAUUAUUCGCAUCCUGCCCGUUCUGGCCAUGGCAAUCUUGAUCUACGUAAAACUAAUGCCGGUUGUGAGCGGCGGACCCCUUUUCAAAAGUGGGUUUCAUGGCAAAGAGGAGUGUGUGAAUGGCUGGUACUGGGACCUGCUCUUCAUCCAGAACUAUGCAACGAAAACAUGUCUUGAUCAGUCGUGGUAUUUAGCGGUGGACAUGCAGCUGUACAUCCUCUCCCCUUUACUCCUGUUUGGCCUUUACAAAUGGGGCAAGAAGGCAGCGUGGGCCAUUGUUGGCAUUGUGGUUUUGCUUUCAGGUUGCCUGUUUGCCACCCAAAUGGUCAAUCAUUACUCAAUGAGUAUUAAAAAUGGUGGUGGCGAUGAUGAAGCCAACUCAAAGCUGUACCUUGCCACGCACACACAUGCAACUCCUUGGCUGAUUGGAUUCCUGUUCGGAUACUUUCUGCACAUGAAUCGUGGCAGAAAGUUCCAGCUGAGCUGGCUGGUCCUGUGGUCUGGUUGGUUCAUCAGCCUGGCGAUGAUCUUCACCUCGAUCUUUGCAACCUAUCCGUCUGCGAAGUGGAGUGCUCCUCCGCUAUCUACCUUGGAUGAAUCUCUGUACUACACUCUCACUCGGGUUGGUUGGCCAUUGGCCAUGUGCUGGGUGGUAUUCGUCUGUAUUCAGGGCUAUUGUGGUCUGGCUAACAGUUUCCUCUCCACCCCCCUGUGGCAACCACUCUCAAGGUUGUCCUAUUCCGUCUUCAUUUGGCACAUGUUCGUCCAGGAGAUAAACAGCCGGAAUGUGAGAACGAGCACUUACUUUUCUUCCUACACUGUGAUGCUCAACUUCUGGUCUGACUUUGGCAUCAGUCUGAUUAUGUCCUAUGUUUUAUAUCUUAUUAUUGAGGCUCCUAUAGGCGGUCUGCAUUCACUUUGGAGUCGAACUGGAUGUACAAAGUCGCCAGAGGUAGUACGGCCUGUAUUAACUUUUGUUGUGAAUCAACGUAAUGGUGAUGAACCCGAACAUAGAUAA